UUAUCGUCGUGCGCGUAUCACCACACUAUCAUAAACACAUGCGUUCAUGAAAUUAUCAGGAAACUUUCAUGGUCAUUAUGGUAUUCAGCAUAAUAAGCAGCAGAGUGUGGUGGAGCGUCAAAGUCGACUAAAAAUGCUUUCUGCACGUGUGUUGGGAUUUUUGUUAGCCAGCGGUGUGCUGGCGGCGAUUGCCGAGGGGAAUACGCGCAGUUUCAAGGAAGACACGGUACAGCCGCUGAAGAAACCCGCCACCUGCUUCCGAUGCAUUAAAACCCUGUCGUCCUUCGACAAGCAAGGCCACCGCGGCUGCCGCGGCCUCCUCCCGGAGAACACCAUCGCCGCCAUGCUGCACGCCCUGGACCUCGGCGUGACCACCCUGGAGCUCGACACCGUCAUCACCAACGACGGUCACGUGAUCGUCUCGCACGAGCCCUUCUUCAACCACGAAAUCACCACCAAACCCGACGGCUCCUUCGUCCGCCCCGCCGAAGAGCGCUCCCUGAACAUCUACCGCAUGAACUACACCACGACGCAGCAGUACGACGUGGGGGCCCGCGGGAACCCCCGUUUCCCGCGGCAAACGCCGCAACCGGCGACGAAACCUUUACUCCGCGAUCUAAUCAGCAGUGUGGAAGAGUACGUAAAGGUCAACAACAACCGGACCCUCCCGCUGUACAACAUCGAGACGAAAUCGUUAGCGUCCACCGAUGACCUGUUCCAUCCGCCGCCCGCGGCGUUCGUGGAGGCGCUGGUGGGCGUGGUUUCCGCCGGAAACAUUCUAGAGAGAUUGACGAUUCAGUCGUUUGAUUUCCGGACGCUGCGGUAUUUACACGACAAGUACCCGGCAAUCCGGACGGCCGCGUUGAUCGAGGAGGGGUCACGCGGGAAUUUAACUACGUACCUAGAUUCGUUGGGGUUCGUGCCGACGACGUAUUCGCCUCAUUAUUCGCUGGUGACGCGGGAUCUGAUUGACGCGGUGCACGCGUUAGGGAUGAAGAUAUUGCCGUGGACGGUGAACAGUGCGGUGACGAUUAAUCGGUUGAUGGACGACGGUGUUGAUGGGAUUAUCACCGACUACCCGGAUCUCUUUCAGUGACCUUUCUUUUUUUAUUGUACGCAAAUAAAUUUGCGCUAAAUCAAGCACAAAUAGAAAAAAGAAUAUUUUUAUAACGAUGUUUUUAAAAGGUAGUUAUGUACAAUGCUUGACUGAAAAAAUCGAAGCUUGGUUUUACAUGCAUAUUGAACAAACAAGCGCUUCUCUAUUUGAACGCAGCGCUGGCUAUUAACAUUCGGAUAUGCUCUUGUUGCAGUGUUGAUUAAAUUUAUUAAGAAAUUUUUCAACCGCG